AUGUUUGGAGAAAGAAAAGGCCGUGCAUAUGAAAGGAGAACGGAAGUCAAAAAGGGGAAGCCAGGGAGGGAAGUCGGCUGGUGCGUUCCUGCCGUUCUAGUCGGACUGGCGACACUCCCAUGCCAUGUUCUAUUUUUGCUGGAUGCUUCCGAAUUCGGCAAUUUUGCCUUGCAAACCGAACGAGGGAAGGAGCCGGCGACGGACUUCAGAGGUUGUUUGUACGGAGAACUAUUCCUCGGGAAGCGCGAAGCACGCCGUCCAGCCCUGCCAGGCGAAUGGCCCUGGCUCAGCGAGGUGCAAGGCGGCGGAGCGCAGAUCAUUCCUUCCUCGCACUACCUGAUCCGCCCUGUUUUAAAUUGCGAAGUUCUUCCCCGCCAUUUCUCAAAACAACUGCGGAGUAGAGAUGGCAUUGUUUUUGUCGACCCGAACCCAGUUCGCAUCGUCCAUCGACCGACUUUAUUCCAGUACAAUCCAAUUUCGCUCAACAUGAAACUCAUCAUCGCUGGUGCCACGGGCUACACCGCGACCGAGCUCAUUCGCCAGAGCUUGCGGCGGCCCGAAGUCACGUCCGUCGUCGCUGUCGCGCGCAAGGCCACACCUGUGCCUAGCGACAUCGCCCCCGGCAGCUCCGACGCCGCCAAGCUCACCAGUGUCGUUGUCAAGGACUAUGAAGGCCCCUACGACGCCGACGACCGCGUCAAGACCGCCCUUGCCGGCGCUGACGCCUGCAUCUGGACCGUGGCCAUCACGCCGUCCAAGUCGUCGGCCUAUCCCUUCGACGAGGUGCGCCGCGUCUGCCAGACGAGCACGCUCGCUGGCCUGCGGGCGAUCCACGCCGCGCGGGGUGGCAGCACCAAGACCUCGCCGUUCCGUUUCAUGUACAUGAGCGGCAUUAACGCCGAGCGCGACCAGACCAAGACGCCGAGUUUCAAGCCCGAGUACAGUCUGAUGCGAGGCGAAACCGAAAACCAGGUACUCGCCUACGCGGCCGAACACAAGCCCGACGUCGAGGCCAUUAUCGUCAAGCCCGGCCUAAUCACCAGCGGUCGCGUCGUCCAGGACUGGAUUAUGGCACCGCUUCUCGGCUUUGUUGCCGGCGUACCCAGCAUCCCGUUGACAGUUCUCGCGUCGGUCAUGCUCGAUGCAGCAAUCAACGGCGCCAAGACUGACACACUUAUGCACCACGACAUGUGCAAAAUUGGCAAGGAGCUUGUCGAGAGCGGCAAGUCUUCGUCGUGA